AUGGAUCAGAGCAGCUUUGGGAAUCUCGGAGCUGGAGGAGGGGGGAGCAGCAGCAGCUCCAAGGCGUCGUCCUUCUUGCAGCUGCAGCCGCUGUCAACCACGACGGCGGUGGCGCCGAUGGGCGGCGCGUACUACGGCACGCCGCUCGCGUUGCACCAGGCCGCCGUCGCCGCCGCCGGGUCGUCGUCGCAGUACCAGUUCCACCACCCCAACAAGCACGGCAGCAGUGGAGAGAUCUCGCAGGCGGAGGCUGAUGCCAUCAAGUCUAAGAUCAUGGCGCACCCCCAGUACUCCGCCCUACUCGCCGCCUACCUCGACUGCCAGAAAGUCGGCGCGCCGCCAGACGUGCUGGAGCGGCUGACGGUCAUGGCAGCGAAGCUGGACGCCCGCCCGCCGGGCCGACCCCACGAGGCUCGCGACCCGGAGCUCGACCAGUUCAUGGAGGCGUACUGCAACAUGCUGGCCAAGUACCGGGAGGAGCUGACGCGACCGAUAGACGAGGCAAUGGAGUUCCUCAAGCGUGUGGAGGCGCAGCUCGACUCCAUCACCGGCGGCAGCCACGGCUCGGCGCGCCUCUCGCUAGCCGAUGGCAAGUCUGAAUGCGUUGGCUCCUCUGAGGAUGAUAUGGAUGCAAGCGGGCGCGAAAACGAGCCGCCUGAGAUAGACCCACGCGCGGAGGAUAAGGAGCUCAAAUACCAGCUGCUGAAGAAGUACAGCGGCUACUUGAGCAGCCUCCGGCAAGAGUUUUCUAAGAAGAAGAAGAAAGGGAAGCUCCCAAAGGAGGCAAGGCUGAAGCUGCUUCACUGGUGGGAGCUGCACUACAAAUGGCCUUACCCAUCAGAGACGGAAAAGAUUGCGCUUGCGGAAUCUACAGGCCUAGAUCAGAAGCAGAUCAACAACUGGUUCAUCAACCAGAGGAAACGGCAUUGGAAGCCAUCCGAGGACAUGCCGUUUGUCAUGAUGGAAGGAUUCCACCCACAGAACGCCGCUGCCCUCUACAUGGACGGCCAGUUCAUGGCUGACGGCAUGUACCGCCUUGGUUCGUGA